CGAUAAACUCACAAACAGAAGGGUUCAAUUGAUCAAUGGCAAAUCCCUGAAAUGGUGAAGUAUCUUUUUUAUACAGCUACGAAUUGAAAGAGUUCUGAAGCCAUCGUUCGCCGGCACAGUGAAUUGUGCCUGGAGAAAAAAUUACUGUGGCACCCCCUCUUCGGGGAUGCAUCAACGAGCCUGGGAAAUACAAAAUAGCGCUCUUUUUUUCUCUCCCACCUCUCCAGCAAUAGCUACAGGGACUUUGAUCUCAUAGUAUAGAAAUACAUAGGUUAUAUCGUGCAAAACAAGAUGGCUAUUAAGGGUUUGGGUGUCGUUGACCAGAAAUAUGAUGGUUCGAAUUUGAAGAUCGGUAUUGUCCAUGCUCGCUGGAACACAGCUAUCAUUGAUGCGCUCGUCAGUGGUGCCAUCAAGAAACUCAAGGAGUUUGGGGUUAAGGAGGAGAACAUCUUUGUUGAGACCGUUCCAGGUUCUUUUGAAUUGCCAUUCGGUACCAGAAAACUCCAAGAGAAGCUUAGAAAGACUGUUGGUGUUGAGCUGGAUGCUAUCAUUCCAAUUGGUGUCUUGAUUAAAGGUUCCACCAUGCACUUUGAGUACAUCUGUGACUCAACCACUAAUGCCCUUAUGAGAUUGAACGAAACCCUUGAAAUCCCAGUUAUCUUUGGUGUCUUGACGGUUCUUACAGAGGAACAAGCCGAAGUUAGAGCAGGAUUGAAGCCAGGCAUGCACAACCACGGUGAAGAUUGGGGUGCUGCUGCUGUUGAGAUGGCUACAAAGUUUGUUAAGUAUGAGCAUGGCCACAUCAACGUCUAACUCUGCAAUAGAUAACUUGCCACGAGCAUAUCGGGAAGGAUUAGACAAAACGAAAAGAACUAAAAAUUCCAAAGUGAUAUUGUAUUUACGCUAAUUUGAUGUAACAAAGAGUGAUAAGUAGAAG